GAGCAAAAUAAAAGAUGGCUGUUCGCUAAAUUAAACAACUGUACAAUCAUUUAAAUACAAUAAUAAUAAACUAACAAAACUACUACAGAGAUGUCUUUAGAACGCCUUCUUAGUGACCUGAGUAUUGAGUCUGGAACUGAAGGUGUUAUUCGCGAAGUCCGUGAGCGCUUGGAGGAGAGAGAUCCGGACACGCCGGGGAUCCUGGCGCGCGCAGCCGAGCUGUUCAGGAUCAGCCCCGUGUCGCGGCUCUUCCCCGAGUUCAGCGCGGACUUACGGAGCGCUUACACACACCUGGUGAUCUCCUGCACCAGACACGCCGCCCUGCCCCUGUGUGACUCGGACAGCGGGACUUUACCGGCGUCCAGCUAUGAGCAGAUCCCAGGGAAAGCCCUGGCGGUAGGGGGCGCUCUCCUGGCUCUGACCGCUCGGCUCGGGGAGGCGGUGAGGACUGGGGAUCCAGGGGCGAGGGCUCUGAUUCGCACCGUCAGUCCCGUCCUGUGUGUCUUCUCCAUCACACACCUGCAGGAGCAGCCGUGGACCGAUCCGUCCUCCAGGGAGUGUGGAGCCGAGCUCCUGGAGGUCACAGUCUCAGCCAGUGGGAGAGGAUCACUGCAGGAUCUGCUGUGUGGAGGUGGUGGUGGGGAUCCUGGGAUCCUGGGAUCCAUCCUGGACACGCUGCAGCCUGACAUGACAAAGGAAACCUGGAAGCGAAACGAAGCGUCAAAACAUGUCUUCUCCUGGGUGCUGGUGCACGUCGGGCGUCCCUAUUUAACUGACUACCUGGACAAGGUCUUUCCUGCGUCUCUGCUCAUAUCAGACGACUACCGGAUAGAGAACAAAGUGCUCGGAGUCCACUGCCUUCAUCACAUCGUCCUUCACGUGCCUGCUGCCGAUUUGAGGCAGUUUAACCGAGCGCAGGUGCUCUAUGACGCCCUCUACAAUCACCUGUACACGUCUGAGGCACCGCUCAUACAGGUGGUUCUGCCAUGUCUUAUAGAUUUACUUUCAGUCCUUGAGAAGCCUCUGAGCCACACAGGAUUACCCCGCACUCCUAACCGAUUUGACAGCGUUCUCCGCCUCAUUUUAACCCACAUGGAAAUGGAGCACAAGCUCGCGCUUCGCCAGAUCUACGCCAGCAACCUCCUGCUGUUCGUCGAAAAGAUGGGUAUAGGCAUUGCUCGGCAUCUAAAGAGGCUGGAGAGGGUAAUUGUGGGAUAUCUGGAGGUUUCUGAUGGUCCGGAAGAGAAAACCAGGCUCAGCAUGCUGGAGGUUUUAAAGCGGACAAUACAAGUGGCCUGGCCCAGGAUGGAGUGCAGGCUGUCUGUCCUGGCAAGAAGCUUGCUCAGGUUCCUCGUGGACGUCUCCGCAGACUCUCUGUCUCCUGAGCUCACUGAGACGCUGAUGAGCCGAGCGUCACUCUGCCUGCUGCUGCUGGACCGCUGCUCGCAUGGCAGGCUGACGGUGGAGCUGAAGGAGGUGGACAGCAGCUGUGUGUGUGAGCGAGUGUUAAAGUACAUACAGGAGAUCACGCAUGCGGAGUGUGUGAGCUAAGCUUCAUGAGCGUCACUGCAGAUGAUCGAGCCGACUCGUCAUAAAGAUCUAAACCAGUCAGGGUCAUCUAAUGUUUUAUUUAUUUUUAUUAAUAUGAAGAAUAUUAUUAUUAUUAAUCUUAAAUACAUCAGGUAUGUUUUUAUAGGCAGCUGAAUAAAUUGAACAGAUUUUGAAGAUGAACAUUGGAGAGUCUGUAAAAAGUAGUGGAUGUGCUGUAACAUGGACACGGGACACAAAGAGCUCCGUCUCAUGUUCUUCUCUUCAUCUCUACAGCAGACGUUCCCAAAUUACACAAGGCUGCAUCACAGCAUGAAAUGUGAAAAUCUUCUCCUUUAAUCACUGAUUAACUCCAUGGCUUUGUUGUUGUUGUUUUACUUUCCAAAUGUAAAUAUUUAAACAGAAAUGUUUUAUGUAACUUUUCACACUGAUUACAAAAUGAAAAUUAAAAACA